AUGUGUGAAGGCAAGAGUUUCUACAUAUGCCUCUUAAAAGUCAUAGGACUGUUAGGCCUUCUGGUUCUGUGCCAAUGGCUGAGCUUACGACCCCGGAGACCCUCCUACUCCAUUGUGUUCAUCUCCGUAGACCAGCCCUCCAACUCAACUGGAAAUGGUACCAUCUCUUACAACCUUGAAAUGAAAAAUCCCAACAAGGAAUCGAGCAUUUAUUAUGACGACACAAUAUUAAGUUUCUUAUAUGGGGAGCAAGAGGAUGAGGUGGGUCAGACAACUAUAGGCUCUUACCAUCAAGAAACUGCCAAUACCCGGGUUGUAUCUAACACUGUUAAUGCCAAACCUCGACCAUUCAAGCUUCUCUUAAAUGCCAUCUCAAACGCAACCGCGGAGUUAGAAGUUGCUCUGAGGACAAGAUAUCGAUACAAGACAUGGGGGAUUAAGAGCAAGUUCCAUGGGUUACACCUCAAAGGUAUUCUACCAAUUGAAUCCAACGGGAAGCUCUCAGUUCUCCAACUGAACAACAAUUCAUCAGAAAUAACAUCACGGAAAGUUCUUCGUGAGGAGAGCAUUCUAACUCCACUUUUUCCUAUCAAAAUAUCUUUUGCUGACUUUAAGGACUCCUCACCGGAGUCUGACAUCUGCUGGCAACUUGUCUGCGCCAUUGAUGAAUUGAAACCUGUAAACCAGCAAAGGAGGUAA